ACACUCCACCAAGACAAGUAGUAAGCCUGGCUGUAGAGGUCUGUGGACUGCUGCCUGAUGUGUGUGUGCUGUGGGGGGGCCUCACUCCCUAGCCUUGAAGACUGCUCAGGGAAGGCCUCCAGGAAGAAGCAGCAGCCUGUGGCAGUGCAGUGGUCCAUGUGCAAGAAGAGGCAGUACCCCCUUUCCUGCCCCCCUCCAAGGCCUCAAGAUCCCAAUGGCAGUGUGGUCCCUUUGGAACGGCAAGAGCCCCAAGAGGUUUAUUCUGACUACUGUCUCUUAAGUGAAGACCAAGCUCCCCUCCCCCAGCCCCCGAAGCUGUCUCUGGACAGAGGGAGGGGGAAGUGGCCAGAAGGGGAAGUAAGAGGAGUUCCUGUCCAGCCUGUCACCAGUUUCCUCGGGACUUCAGAACAGCCGUGGCCAUGGAGUCUGUGGAAACCCCUGUCAAGGAUGGCAUCCUCUACCAGCAGCAUGUGAAGUUUGGCAAGAAAUGCUGGCGGAAAGUGUGGGCUCUGCUGUAUGCAGGAGGCCCAUCCGGCGUAGCUCGGCUGGAAAGCUGGGACGUUCGUGACGGUGGCCUGGGGCCAGCAGGUGACAGACCCACGGGGCCUAGCCGGCGAGGGGAACGUCGGGUCAUACGCUUGGCUGACUGUGUGUCGGUUCUUCCGGCGGAUGGGGAGAGCUGCCCCAGGGACACCGGUGCCUUCCUGAUUACCACCACCGAGCGAAGCCACCUUCUAGCUGCACAACACCGCCAGUCAUGGAUGGGUCCCAUCUGCCUUCUGGCCUUCCCGGGCACUGGGGAAUGUUCUUCGGGAUUAGGACAGGCUGAGAUUCCAAAAAGGGGCUUUGUUCCCAUGGAGGAAAACUCUAUCUACUCCUCCUGGCAGGAAGGGGGUGAGUUUCCAGUGGUGGUUCAGAGGACGGAGGCGACCACCCGCUGCCAGCUGAGAGGACCCUACCUCCUGGUGCUGGGCCAGGAUGACAUCCAGCUGCGGGAGAUCUCUGGCCCCCAGGCCUUCUAUAGCUGGCCCUACAGGUUCCUGCGCAAGUUCGGCUCUGACAAGGGUGUGUUCUCUUUUGAGGCUGGCCGCCGUUGUGACUCAGGCGAAGGCCUUUUUGCCUUCAGCAGUCCACGUGCCCCAGACAUAUGUGGAGCUGUGGCUGCUGCCAUUGCCCGCCAGCGGGAGCGCCUUCCAGAGCUGGCCAUGUCCCCACCCUGCCCCCUGCCUCGAGCCCUCUCUCUGCCCUCCCUCGAGCCCCCUGGAGAGCUUCGGGAGGUGGCCCCAGGAUCUGAACUGGCCACUUCCAGAAAGCUGCCUGUAACCGACCCUGGGCCUCAGAGCCUGCCACUGCUGCUCAGCCCCACAAAAGAAGAAACAGUGUCUGGUCUCUAUGCGUCUGUGUGCAAGCAGACCAGCAAGCCCACGGCCACCAUGGAGCACUUCUAUGAGAACCUGUGCAUGCUGGAGGCCAGUCCUGGGCUGGCCAAUGGGGGUCCUGAGUCCCCAGAGGGCCCUCCUGGUGGCCGUAGCCCCCUGGGCAGCCCUGUCUACCACAACAGUGAAGACCUGAGUUGGCCUGGCUCAGCCCCUGACAGCAACUUGGAAGCCCAGUACCGAAGGCUGCUAGAGCUCGAUGACGCUGGGGCCACUGGCCGCUCUGGUGCACAGAUGGGCAUCAAGGCCAAGCUGGUGACCCUGCUGAGCCGGGAACGGAAGAAGGCCCCUGCUCCUUCUGACCGGCCCUGAAGGCCUGUGCGGUAGCAGUGGGACAGAGGCGAGCUCUCAGAAUCUCAGAAACAGGAGGAAGCAACUUCGAACAGAUCCCCUGUCCAGCCUGACCUGAGGGGCAAGCCAGGCAGCCUGGGGAGGAGCCACAGCUGCCCUACCUACUUCCAGCAGACACCGUACAGAUUGACCAAUAAUAAAGCUUGCCUAGCAACUUC